UCUACCUGCGCACAAGCACCUACGAGACUAGGCGGGGAAUACACACGGACAAGAACCGUAUAUACUUUGCACGGCCCUAUCCUGUAUUUCUUGCGAUGCUCUAUAGCAGGCCGUACCGUAUCGGAAAAGUGUACACACCUUGAAAUCGGCAGACAUGUCUACGUCUACCGAUGAUCCUUUCGCCUUCAUUGCUGGCGAACAGAAACCGGCGCCGGCCAAGAAGCCACAUUGGAGGGAGAAGCUGUUCUCAAAGGAUAAGCGGCCCAAGGGAUCCACUGACCAGCAGAUCGAGGCUUUCCUCGGGCCCACCCGCUCGAAAUCCGUAUCCUACGGAGCAGACCAGAUCUCGCCUCCGCGACUGGACGCCGGCCAUAGAUGGCCGUCUGCCCAAGACGUCCUAAAUGCGCCUUCUCUUCGUGAUACUCCACCGCCUGCGGACUUCACCAAACCCCCUUUCAAAAGUCGCCGAAAGGGGUUGAAAUUGAAAGUGAAGUUUAGCAACCGGAUGCCCGACUUGAUCGGAGAAGGGGGUGAGGAGACGGAUACGCCGACAAUGGAAAUAUCUCUAAGUCGCAAGACCGCGCAAACUCAGGGCCCCGAUGAGCUGGAUGAUCUUGGUGACCGCCAGCCUAAACUUCCCCAACUCCGCCUGGACACAUCAUUUGGUGACAAAAAUGGAUCCACACCUCAAGAGAGAGACCAGCAGAAGGGAAUGAAUGCAGAAGACUGGAAGCCACUGCUGCUACAAAACCCCCAGGACGCUGAUUUCCUCAUGACGUUGAAUCUGGGAGACAAAGGCUCCCGUUUGUCAUUCCGUGCAUCGCCCGAGUCCCAUUCUUUUGCCCAACGUAUCCGGGACAAAAUGCAAGCCGAGGAGGGGCGUGCUUUACAGCAUCGACUGCCGGAACCUCCCUCACCUGCUGAGGACGCCGGGGUCCAAGCCCCCGCGGAAGUUGUUCCCGAUAGUCCCAGUUCAACGUAUGAGACGCCUCCCCUCUCAGAGACGGAGCCAAGCCCACCAGAGAAUUCUUUUCGAGGAUCCCCGAUUCCUCCUCACAUCGAUCGCAGUCCAAUCGAUCGCAGUCCUGAGACCCCCGUCCAUCCUUCUAUACUUUCACCUGGUGGAAGUACCCAAAUCCUUUCCCCUCAAUCGCGUCACCCUAUCCCCAAGAUCGCUGAGCCGGACGGCCCUGCACGUCCAUCUAGCAGGGAUAAUCGUGACACUUCUCGGAGCCCUCAACCCCCCAAAAUUUCGUUGCGGUCUAUUGCCAAUCAGCUAGGCAACACCGCUUUCGCGGAUCUGAAAGUGUAUAUGACACAAUUUAGAGGCCUGAUUCAAACCUCGGCCGAAGAUGCAAAGCCUAUAGCAGAGACUUCCCUUUCCGAAUGGAUGAGAGCUGCGGCAUGGUGGUUUUUGCGUGGGAAGAAACAACUGGAAGCUUAUGCACGCGCCCGUCCUUCGAGCUCUGGAGCACGUUCACCCCAGCAGAGCUCCACGGGAAGUGCGAAACAAGCUAUUAUUGAUCUUGCUAAAGCUUUGUGGAUCAAUGAAAAUAUUGUUGCCCAGCAUGAUGAGGUGACGCGCUAUGGUGCCAUGGGUAUUGAUGCUUUGAUUGCAGUAGCCAGCACAACCGGGAAUGUACAGUUGGCCGAUCUCCUUAGCCUGCAUCAGGCCAUGAUGAAUCAUCUACGUUCAUUGGCCAUGUCUAUUAAGAGGAACAAUAUCCUAGUGACAAUAUCCACGCAGAGGGAUUCCGCAAUCCCAGUUGACACCAGUGUGUGGGUGCGCUAUCCAUCCUUCGCUGCAGACGUUUCCGCGGUGCUCUCUGGUGCAGCCACGAGGGCAUCUCUAGUGGAAAUGCUGGGCAAGGGGCCUUCCUUCGUACAGAUGAUGCCCCUCGGCGAUACCAAUCGCUAUUUCAGUUACGGAAGCAUGUUUGUCCAUGUUUAUGUCAGCUCAAGUGAAGAUGACAUUGAGCAAUUGACGAUGCCUUGCGUAUUGUCCAUUAUCCGCGAUCGUGCCGACUGGUACGUAUUCGCCGCCAUCAUCAGCCAGAAUGAACUAGUCAAUGUCAUGAUCCAGUCGGACAGGAAGAAAGGCCCUACUUGGGAUAGCGUGGAUUGGCAAGUCCGAUCGCACUCAAUCCGGGUCAAGCUGCCCCGCGGUUUCGACUUGGAUGUAGUGUUCCAGGAGGACGAUUUCAAGAACAUCUGGAAUAUUGUUCAAUAUACCCGGAAGACCGAAGCUGGCCUUCAGCGUGAGUCGGGUGAAACAAUAAUUUUCGAAAAUACUCUCAAGUCGUUUCAGUACAUGGACCCUGGCACGCCCAAGUCCUUCCCACCCGACCCUGUUGAGCGGUGUCGGCUUCGGCUGUUUGAGAAGUCCAUGACCAUGACUGAGGGCACUGGCAAUAGAAGCUUGCAUCAAGGCUUUCGACUAGCGGUGCUCACGAGCCCCAAAGUCAAGACUCUCAGCAGUGUGCGUCAUGUUCUCGGCUACGGCACACCGAUUGUUUUCGGCCUGCUUCGAGGUGAGGACGGGGCACCAGCCCUGCUGCUCAAGGUCAAGGAGGAAGGGAGAACCCGGUCUAUGCUCAUGUCAUUUUACGAGUUGGAAGAUCGAACCACCAUGCAUUCUUUACUUCUGGGAAUCCUGCCCCAGGACCGGGAAGUGAAAUCCCCUGAAAUCCCCAUCCGUGCCUACACCAUCGAACAACCAGCGGAUCGCGCCAACGGGCAGCUCGCCAAGGAACAUCUGCAAUUCCCUGCUGGUACCGUCUCGGUCAUCGACCGGGAGCAUUCGCACGUGGAUCAUGGGUACGGCCCGACGGUGCUAUCCGAGCAUCUGCGGGCUUUCAUCGCAACCGAAUGGGGCUCCGUUACGGACCGGAUCAACCUCGGACCCGGUGAGUUGAGACUAGGCCUCGACAUCAACAACCGGACGGGACUCAGUCUGUAUCGACCUGGCCAGAAAGACCUGACCGUUUCCGUCGCGGAGAAUCUAAUCCUACCGGAGAUGCCUGACAAACUAACCGAUUUCUUGCAAACCGCCAUGGCGAAACCAAUGAUCCGACGAUUUGACUUUGGGUCCGUACAAGACCUCCAUAUAUUUGAACGAGCUGUGACGGGAUACAAGGUGCUGUUUGACAGCGUGGCUUCCUCCUUUGCCAUCUCACGACGUCGGAUGGUGGUCCCGAUCACCAAGAAAUGGGAGUCCAGUCUGGCUCGGAUCCAGGUCCUCCGGCGCGAGCGGAUUGUGCAACUGGUGGUCUUCUUGAGCGACUUCCAUCAUGGCAAAUGCAUGAACUUUGUUCUCAAAGGUACCGACACCCUGGAGAGCUUCGGUAAAGGCGGCAAGUUCGGAGUGCGCAUUGUGGAUGCCAAAUUUGCUCUGCCGAAGACCGAAGAUGAUCCGGCAUCAGACUUUGUGUCUCUGGACACGCCGGAGUAUCCAAUGGAGCAUGACGAUAUCUCAAUCGCCUUUGACUCCGAGGCAGACCGGACCAAUUUCCAUGCGGCUGUGCCGGGUUCUGUCCGCGAGCCGUCGAGAAUGAGCUCGCUCCGUCGGUAAAGCUCGCUAUGGAACCCGACUGAGUCCGUUUCCCGUUUCCAUUUUCUGUCCCCUCAUGUCACCAUCCAAUCAUCCAAUCAUCUCCCCACCCCUCCGUCCCGCCUACAUCACGUGUCAGCACCCCCCUUCCUCCUCUUCCCAGUGGAGCUCU